AAUCCCGUAAAUCCGCCGAACCAAAGUACUUGGUAAAUCCGGGAUUUACCACGAAAAGGGAAUCAUGGGAAAAGCAAAGCCAAGUGUCUCUAAGAAGCUUAAGCGGGGUUUGGACUUCAAAAAAAUAAAACGCAAAGUUGGAAGGAGAUUGCCUCCUCCUAAGAACUCUACGGAUACAAGCAUCAAAUCCAAAGCAAUUAUUCUUCCGGAGCAGAGCGUGGCUACUGAGAAAGCAGGUUUGGCAGUUAACAAUAAGGGUUUGACUUUGAGAGAGCUCCUUCAGCAGACAUCGCAUCAUAAUGCUAAGAUACGGAGGGCUGCAUUAGCAGGUAUUAGAGAUUUGGUGUCAAAACACCCAUCAGAGUUUAAACUUCACAAGCUUGCCUUGAUAGAAAAGCUACGGGAGCGCAUUUGUGACAAUGACAAGGUGGUUCGGGAAACAUUAUAUCAAAUCUUAAAGACUGUUAUCUUUCCUUCCCUGAAAGAGGAUGUACCCGGGCCCAUAAUAUCUUUAUUAAUGGCUUAUGUAUUCAAUGCAAUGACACAUAUUGCAGUUGAUAUCCGCCUAAUGGCUUUUAAAUUUUUUGAACUCAUUGUUCUUAAUUAUCCCUCUUCCUUUACCAUAUAUACUGAUCAGGUUCUUGACAACUAUACUGAUAUUCUCAGAAAUUAUCAAAUCUAUCUACAAGAUAAGAGCAACCUCAGGAAUGCUCUCGGCGGACUAGUUCAUUGCCUUUCCUUAUUGGUCAGCAAGAGUGGGGAAGAUGAUCUUAAUGAACCGAACAUCAACGAUAAAAGGUGUUUAUACAGUUACACAAGUGAAGCAAACUGCGAUGAUGCUGUAAUUUCUUCGGCUUUCAAGAGGUUUCAAGAUCUUGUGCCAGCAUUAGUCAGCUGUUUCCAAGAAUCCAGUUCACUGAUCCGGUCAAUGUCUGCAAUUGAUACACAAUCUUUUGAUUGUUUAUUAUGUACACUGCGGUGUAUAAAUCUGGCAGUCGCCCUCUUUGUUGAUAAGAUGAAUAAGUUUGAUGCAAGGCCUGUACAGUUAACAUCACUGCCUGAGGGAGGUCCUGAUGGCAUGCUUAUACUUCUGAAGAAAUUAUGGGAAACAUUUCCAAUUGGUCAAAUGCACCAUUCUACUGCAAAGGAUGAUGAGAGAUGCUUCGUUUUGAAUAUUAAAAUUAUUGAGACAUUUUUGCACCUGUUUCCGUGGAUCAACAACAGCUCAUUUCCAGUUGAGAAAUUUCUGGGGUUCAUCAAGAGUUCUCUUCUUGGAGAGGUUGUUAGCAGUUCUUCCUCUAAUAAGGCAUUAUUGGAAAAGCAUUUAUGCUCAAUUUUGCCGUUUAUUCCAGGGCUGAUUUCACGAGCUACGUGCGGUUGGAGCACUUCUCUUUUAAAGGCCUUUACUGUUGCAUUUAAAGAUUGCAGAAUAGAUUCUCAGUUUUCUCUGUUGUAUUUAGGUGCAAUAAAAGAAAUGAUGCUUCCUACAACAAGUCGCAGUAUGCUGUUGACCAAUCAUCCAGAAAUGUUAGGCUUUCAGAUUGAUUGGCUUCAUGAGCUUCCCAGGAUCCUUUGUUGUGUUGGUGAUAAACAUGCAAAUAUUUCAAAAGCAAUUUUGAAGUUGCUUUUAUCUAUUGGGCAAUCUUGUAUACUGAACUCUCCUCUUGCUUUGGAGUAUGAUCACUUGCAGUUGCUUUUGACAGGCUUUUACAGCAGAAGUAUUGAUGAUGACAUAAUCCUUGGACCUUUUAUAAAACUACCCGUUGAUUGCCAAGAACUUGCCAUCUGGUGCCUCUAUUAUUUUUCAAGCAUAAGCUUUGAUUUGCUGGAGUCAUUGGCUUUGUGCUGCUUAAAUCCUGCUCUGGAUGUGCUUAUUGUAGUUCGUAUUGUAGAGGUUCUUUAUUCAGCAUACAGAGCUGGCCAUGUUUAUAUAUCUCAUAUGAUCGGGUUCUUGUUCACUCUAAUAGCUCGCUAUAAAGUUCAUCCCGAUUGGUUUGGCACCGAGUUGAAAGAUGGAAAUUUCUCAAGUAGGGAAGCUUUUAAGUUCCUUACUGGUUAUGUCUCGUCAUGCCUUUCUCUGAUGGGAGACAAUUCUUUGGUUUUGAAGCUGCUGUACAAGAACCUUUUUAAUGAAAUUUUGCAAAAACCAUCUCUGGACAAUACACAUGGUAUGCUGCAAAUGAUCAUCACACUUGAUAUAAGACCCUCCAUACUUUCAGGCGAUAGUGUUGUUACUUUAAGCAAAUGGCUUGCUGGAUACAUCACUGAUGCUGCUUCUUCUUAUGUGCAUGAUAAAGAAGCGUGAGUGAAAGAACAAGAUUCCACUUGAGCAGACUAUAGCCUAAUAAAAAAGAGUGUUGAUUACACUUGGGGCAUUGAUGUUGAGAGGUCUCUUCUGCUUUCCUCAUGUUUUGCAACCCUACAAUUGAAUUCAUAGUGUUGUUUCAUAUUUCAUUUAGGUCCUCUUACUUAAUACCGGCCUUCUAAAUAGUGGCUACCAUUAACAUCUAUUAAAAGUAGCCGUUAAGUAGGCUCACGAUGAUCUUACACGGACCAUUAGUUGGAUGGUGGAUAUUUCUACGUCUAAAAAUGCUCUUACGGUUUAUAAAAUAGCAGUUUUUCCUCUUUGUUCCUUGAAAAGCCAUGAAAUAUUUCAUAUAGGUCUGUAAUUUCCUUUUCCCUCUUUAUUCAUUUAAAUAACAGUUUCCCGGCUUUAUAAUUAUAAAAUCCAUGAAGGAAUUGAAUUGCAAAAAAAAUCUUAUGUAAUUUG